UAUCAGCAGACAUGGCGACCUCAGGCUCCGGAGUGGAAGUGGCUCCUUUCAGACCCUGGCAGGAUUUCUUCCCCGGAGCGGAUAGAUUCGCCAAGCCAGACACGGCGGAUUUAACUAAGUGGAACAACCGGGUGAUAAGCAACCUGCUGUACUACCAGACCAAUUACUUUGCCGUGGCCGUGGUGGUCUUCCUCAUAGUUGGGUUUCUGAACCCUCUGGGCAUGCUAUUAGGAGGAGCCGUGGUCAGUCUGGUCUUCAUGGGGUCCGUGUGGGCUGGAGAGAACAAGGCCGUGGUCAAGAACUUUAAGAAGAAGAGUCCCUCUCUGUUUGUGGUGGCUGUUCUGGGAGUCAGCUACUUCCUGAUCUCUCUGUGCGGAGGGGUGAUGGUCUUCAUCUUCGGCAUCACCUUCCCCCUGCUGUUGAUCCUGGUGCACGCCUCCCUGCGCCUGCGCAGCAUGAAGAACAAGCUGGAGAAUAAGAUCGAGGGCGUGGGGCUGAAGAAGACACCCAUGGGCCUGAUCCUGGACCUGCUGGACCAGCAGGAGGAGAAGGUCAACAAGAUCCAGGAUUUCAUCGAGAGCAAGCUGAAGGACUGAGCACGCUCAUGUUUCUCCUCCACACACACACGGCACACUUACAAUACAAUGCAAAUGCUUUUUUAUUUUGAAAAUAUAUAUAUACAGUAUAUUUAGCAGUGUUUUCCACUCGAGUCCUGGAGGACUGCAGCGUGACUCAUAUCUGCAUUAUGUACAGAAAUUUACAUUACGGGCUACAAACCGGUAGAAAUCAAUCCCCCCUCCUGUCCUGUGAAGUGACACAUAUGUGUUAAACAUGGUGUCAAAACCCAAAAAAUAAAUGCCAGCUUUAUGUUGACGCCUGUCGUUUAGUGUCACAUGACCUCUGACAUCCAAAAUAUUUAGUUCUGUCGGCUGCUCCUGUAUUUUAGGGGUCGCCACAGUGGGUCGUUCUGGUCCGUGUACCUGAUUUGGUACAGUUUUUACCCCAGAUGCCCUUCCUGAGACAAUUCUCCUUAUUAUAUCCGGGCUGGGGACCUGCACUGAGAGCACACUGCUUCUUCUAAUAGCUAGGCUGUUCAGCCAGAGGAAUGGCUGAACAGCCAGGCCAUUAAGAGCGAUACUUGGAUUCGAACCCCAGAUCCGUAACCCUCCAGGACUCGAGUCCCACUCUCUCGUUUUACAAACCCCCGGACGUAUUGCACUUUUUUCUUCUUCAUUCCUAGCUGACGUGUGGUAAACUGUCUUACUUUAGCAUGCUGGGAGAUCUGACCUAAAGCUACCCGUCAGUUCCGUUAUCUCUUCUUUCAGCUGCCGUACUUCUCGAGGACGUUCUCGGCUCCGGUCAAGUCGCAGUCACGCGUCUCCCAAUCGGAAUCGUUCUAUCAGCAAUACAAAACAGUUUUUCCUCCUAACUGCAUCAAUCUGAGAGUUAAAACAAUGAAAUGGUUAACAGAUUAAACUAUCCAUCUAUUAUCUAUUGUAUUAUUUAACCAAAUAUAAGCGCACAUAUUCAGUUCAUAUAGCCAGUAUUCAGGAAAGUCAGACGCGUAUGAGAAGCUCUGGCUGUGCAUCAUUCUGUAUUAAAUACGUGAUGGAUUAGUAAGCCAGCGUUAGUCCAUACCAAACAGCUUGCAAUGGUUUGUAUUCGGCUGCUCCUGGAUUUAGGGGGGUGCCACAGCAGAUCUGACACAGUUUUUACAUCAGAUGCCCUUCCUGGUGCAACCCUCCUGUCUCUAUCCGGGCUUGGGACCUGCACUGGAAAAUAAAUGCCAGCUUAAUUCUGACGUCUGUCAUUUAUUGUCACAUGACCGCUGACAUCCAAAAUAUUCAGUUCUGUCAGCUGCUCCUGUAUUUUAGCAGUCGCCACAGCUUUGGACGCCGUUCCUGACGUGACCCUCCUUUUAAAUCUGGGCUUGGGACCUGCACUGAGAGCGCACUGUCAAGUGCUUCUCCUGAUAGCUGUUAAGAGUGCUACUUAGACUCGAACCUCAGUGCACUGACAGGUCAGGAGCGCCUCCCAAUGAGUAAUGACUAGUGACUAGGCUGUUUCAGCCACCCCCCUUCACCAUUAUGACAUUCUAACACCUGACUGGCCGAUAGCACUGCAGAGAUUCGAACCCUGGAUCAGCAGAUCCCAGCAGUAGUGAGCCACUGCACCACCAAGCACCGUGCAACCCUAGCAAGUUUUAAAAACACAUGGUGACGCACGUUAACGCGUUUUCUGACGGAUUCCGAAAACGUCCACGAGUGCAGCUGAGUGCACCUUCAUCUCUGCACUACGAUAGAAUAGAAUGUGUUUAUGUAAGUGUCAGAACAAUCAGGUAUCGAAUGAAGUACCAGAGUUAAAAAACUAAAGAAGCACUUUAAAACACUCCCGUUUUUGUUGUUGUCGAUCCAAAGAAUGAAUUUGCUGAAUCAUAGGAAUAAAUUUGUGUCGUUUUGACGUUCUGCACAUUUUCGCGCUGCAUGUUGGAACGCAUUCAGUGGCAUGAUUACAAAAAAACUGGAAAAUUUAAAUUGAAUUGAUUUGAAUUAAAUUCUCUGUUUGUUAGAGUAUUUAUACAUUUUAUCUUGUAUGUAUAACUUUUUUUUUUUAUUUAGAUCCAGAAAUACAGAGUUUAGAGCUGCGCUGUUUUAGAAUGAAGGUGUUUUGCUCAACUCUCAACCUUGUGGUCAUUAAAAUUGACCCUGUUUAUCAUCACUUCUUUUCAGAAAAAUGUAUUUCUACAUGGUGUCAUUAUUAUUAUUAUUGUACACUAUGGCUUUAUUUAAAUAAGAUGAGUUUUACACGGUGGGUGGGAGGAAAUGUCAUAUUACUCCUGUCUGGUUGCACAUUCUGGCUUUUCAUUAGUUUAUAGACAUUUAAUCAAUCCAUCUUUUUUGUUGCCUGCCACCCAAACCAGGCUGAGACGGUGUGAAACCCGAAACAAUAAAUAUUGAUCAUGCGUGAGCGGCACCAGAUACCUAUUUGAGGUUGUGAUGCUCUGGGGUAAUCUGUCACCUUCAUUAUUUUGAUGGGAGGGUUGGGGUUCUUAUCUUCAGCUGUUACUAACGUCGUGUGAGCAGCAGAAUGGAGGCCUGCUGACCUGCUUUACCGCUCUUACAGACCUUGUUGAUGUUGCUCAUGUGUGAUUAGGAGAGUCUGUGUACUUAAAACUUCUAAAUGUAAUAAAUCUGGUUGUUUUGUGAUAAUCAUUGUGCAGAAACGGAUUUGGGAAGCUCUUAACUGUAACUAUGCAAUGGAGAAAACGUAAAGGCUGUGUUCAUUUUUUUAUUACAUUAUUGCGCUUCAUUAAUAUUCAUCUGCUGUGUUUAAACUGCGUUGUCGCAUCUGUGCAUCUAAACAGGUUUGCUGGUGGAUGGUUUGUUUUCUUUGACGUGAGAAUGAACGCAUGAGUAAUGAUGGUACUGUAGCAGAAUUAAGAUGGUUCUUGUACAUCGGUACCUUCCAGAUGCACAUUUAAUAAAAGCUUCUGACUGGAAA